AUGUCGGAAACGAUUCUUGAUGAAAAUUCAUCAUUAAAUGGUUUAAUGACAACAGACACAAAUUCGUCAGUCAGAGAAUCCGGUGUUAAUAAUGAGAAUGAAGAAACAUGGUUAUACGGAAAACAAAAGGUGGAAGAAAAUGUUGAUAAUACAACAGCACCAUCAAUUGAUGAAGUAACAACACAGGAGAUCGAUGCAAGGGAAAAAGCAAUUAUACCAUCGGCAAUGAAUGUAACAACAUCAUCGCUGCUCGGUAGUCAAUUAGAUGAUGAUUCUGACGAUGACGAUGAUGGAAUUCAAGUUACUAUUCGUAAUAUUAAAGCAGGAGCACCAAUUUUUCCACCAGCUCGACAAAAUAGUCGAACGUCAAUACCAACAGGUCCAGUUAUCCCACCAAAAUCACAGACGACACGGAAUCUUGAUCUAGAUGCUCAAGGCAUAAUUAAUGGACAGCCAACAUAUGAACAUGAUUUAAUGAAUGCAUAUAAAGACGAAGAAAAACCAUGGAAAAAGCCAGGAGCGGAUAUCAGUGAUUAUUUUAAUUAUGGUUUCACUGAAGAAACAUGGGCACAAUAUUGUGAUCGACAACGUCGUCUACGUUCAGAAAAUAAUUUAGCUCGUCUCAAUGCUGCUCAUAUUCCCCAAAUGCCCCAAAUGCUUCCUGUUCAUCCUCCAAUGGUACAUCCGAUGAAUCCUCAUCCAGCUAUGAUUAUGAAUAAACCACCAAUAAAUAUGCCAAUCAUGCAACGACCAUUUAUGAAUGUACGAAAACAAGAUGGAAAAAUUGAUGUUAUUGGUGCCACUGAUCAAACAUCUCGUCGACCUAUGUUUGACGGACCAAAUAAUUUUGAACAUCCGCCAUUUAUGAAUGGGCCUCCGUUUUCUGGUGGUCAACCCCCAAAUGGUCAAACAGUUGGUGAUCUCGGCACACCACCCCCAACAUCCAAUGGCCCUCCGCAACAACAUGGAACACCACCUGGUGGUAGCCAUCCCAUCCCAACACUUGGUGCACAUCGAAUACCUAUGAUGCCUCCACCACCCGGUAUGCAAUUUCGACCUCCAUUUGGUCAUCCACAUGGCCCUGGCGCACCUCCAUUUUUUCCUCAUGGACCUGGCGGAGCAAUGCAUGGGGAACGACCUCCACAGCCGUAUUUUCUACAUCAUCAUCCACAACAACCAUGGGAUAAGGGCGGUAUGCCUCCUGUGCAUGGUUUUCCACCGGGACAAUUUCCUCCUCAACCAUCUAUACAAGGAAAUACUGGAAAUGGUCGACCCCCGUCUAGUCGAAGUCCAACACCUGAAGAUCAUUCACCACGUAGUUCAACACCAGAAGAAAAUCGGCCUAGUGGUAAUGCUGGUGAUAAUGACAAAUCCUCUAAAGAUGAUCGAUAUAAAGAUCGAUAUAGAGAUGAUCGCGAACAUCAUUUAUCUUCACGGCGUCGUUCAUCACCAAAAGAUCGUUCAUUAUCAUCGUAUCGUUCACGUCAUCGUAGUGGUGAUCAUGAAUAUGAAAGACCAAGAAGUGAUCGAAAAUCAUCUCGUGAUCGUGAUGAUAAAUAUGAACGUUAUUCACGAAAACGACAUCAUCGAGACGAUAGUGGACGUCAUCAUCGUGGUGAAGAUGAUUUAUCUCGGGGUCAUCGUUCAGCUCGUCGUACACCACCAAAAAAUUUUUCUUCACCACCGAAAACUCUUGCUACUAGUAACAGUCAAGUUUCUUCGACAGACCCUAUUCAAACAUCAACUGAAAAUCCAGAAGUAAUAGAAAACGAGCAGACGCCAAUAACAAAUAUUACUGCACCAGUAUCAUCAUCAUCGCCAACUAGUCGAUCGCGUCGUGAUGAUCCCGAACGUUCUUCUUCACGUCAUGGUCAUCAUAAGAAAUCUUCGAAACGUUCACGGCGUGAUAGUGGCGAUGAACGUAGUCAUCGUCGACGUUCAAAAGACAAAUCUAGUAGCAGUAAAAAGUUAUCAAAUCAAACCGAAAUGUCAUCGGAUGUAAAAGAACCCAUAAAUGAUUAA